GGUUAUGUAUUUGUUUUGUUUCCAAUUUAAACAUUUUUGAUUUUAUUGUCAACUAUUAUAAUAAAAUAGGAAAACAAUUUUAAGAAAACGAUGAUGUAUUUUAAGAGUUUCAAAUUUAAUUUCCAUUGUGUAAAUUUAAUGUCAGUGGCAGGAAGACAUAAAUGCGUAAAUUAUUUCAAUAAGGAAAAUAUAAAAUAUUUAGUGGAAGUUUGUGGUUUUACACAUUACGAGAUAUACUCAACCUUCAAGAAAACAAAAAACUCAUUAAACAAAAAGGAGACAGUAGAUCUAAUAGAAUCAUACAAAUUUUGCAAGGGUCUUGGCUUUUCAAACAAGGAAAUCCUAACAUACCCGGCCCUUUUAACUCAACAUCAUUUAGCAUGUAUAUCCCAAUAUAACGCUCUUAAAGAUACAGGUUGUCAUCGAAUUGAUGCCCUUCUUUUAAGUAGGGCCCCAAUGUUUUUUAGAAACAAAAUUAAAUUUUUAAAGAUUUGUGGGUAUUUGCAAAAGGAUAUUGAUGUUGCCGAAAGGCUCAUGAGCUUUCUCAAUCCCCCAAUUAAGAAACCAAAAAAACUUGAUAAGCAAUUGGAUAACAUUGAUGAAAUGAUUUGGUCGGAGGUACAUAAGGCUAUUUUAGUUGACUGGUUAAAAGAAAGACUAAAUGCCUCAGAACAUCAAAUUAUCCAGCUUUUAAGGGUGCACAAGAUGAUUAAAAACAAAAGUUUCAGAAUAAUCAAUGAAAACAUAACAAUGGCCGAGUCCCUCGGGAUGACCCACACCAAAAUCCUUAGGAGUGGUUAUGUAUUAAAUAAUUAUCCGGAAUACCCAAAAACCAUGCUUAGAGACCAUCCAUUUUUUGCCGGUGUUGACCUGGCUAAGCAUUAUGCCGUAAAUCCUAAGUUGAUGAUGAUUAGUCCAAGGAAGUUUAUGGAAAUUUAUGAUAUUUUAAAGGAAUUUAGGAUUACUGAUGACCAAAUUCAGAAGAGACCAGCGGUUUUUACUUUAAGCCCAAUAACUUUAAGGGAAAGAUUAGAAAGUAUUCAAGAAACGCCCGAAGUACGUGUUUUAUUCGAUGAUCCCAGGAUAUUACACUUAGUGGUGCAUCAUAAUAAAGCGAUGUCUAGACUAGCUUUUUUGAAAAAUUUAAAAUUAAGAUGUGCGACUUUAGGGCAUAUCGGCAAUUUGUCUCCAAAUUUUUUUGAAAAUUAUAUUCAGGCAGGUCAGGACAUUAACAACCCAUCCGCCGUCAUUGAUUUUAUUAGUAGAUUGUUGAAAAAGCCUUAUACAGACGUAAAAAAACUGUUACAAAGACAUCCAUUUUACUUUUACGUCCCAUUUGUGGAUAUCGAAGAGACGUAUAACACUUUAUUAGGUUUAAAUUAUAAUGUAACUGAUAUCUCAAGGAUUGUAUUUAUUUUAUUGUAUCCUAGUAAAAAAAUUAAGGCUACAUAUAAAACUCUACAGCAACAAGAAAAACUAAACUUUAUAAAUUUAAGUCGUCACAAACAGUUAAACUUAAUCCUGUAUUCCAUAGAGAAAGAGUAUCAUUUUACUGGAAAUGGCAUUUGGCAGUCGGAGCCUAAACACGAAUUUGAUGAUAAAGUGUUAGAGUAGUAUUAUACAUUUAUAUUUGUUUAAAAUAUAUAUAGUUAUAUAUAAA